AGAUCAGAUCAGAUCAAAUCUGAGCUUUGAGCUGUUGCUUGAGUGACAAGAAUCAUCAUCCGGAAAAAUGGUUGACAAAUUCGUGGGAACAUGGAAGAUGACCACCAGCGAAAACUUUGACGAGUACAUGAAGGCUCUAGGUGUGGGUUUCGCUACUCGUCAGGUGGGAAACCGGACUAAGCCCAACCUGAUCGUGUGUGUGGAUGAUCAGGGGCAAAUAUGCAUGAAGUCGCAGAGCACCUUCAAAACUACCGAGAUCAAAUUUAACCUCAACGAGUCAUUUGAGGAGAUCACGGCGGAUGAUAGAAAAACUACGACUGUCGUGACUCUUGACAACGGCAAACUUGUGCAGAAACAGACCUGGGAUGGCAAAGAGUCGACGAUAGAGAGGGAGGUGACGGAUGGGAAAUUAAUACAGAAAUGCAUAAUGGGUGAUGUGGUGGCUGUGAGGACAUAUGUGAAGGAGGCAUGAAGUUAUCCGAUCUGGAUUUGAAGAUGCCAGGCUCAGUUCAAUGAGCAAAAA